GCACGACGUCUUUGGGCUUCUUGUGCACUCUGCUGGUCCUCCGAGUCCGUACUGAGGUAUCGGCGCCCGUGCUGUGCGGUCCAUCGGAAAGAUGUCAAAGGAAGAGGCUGGCGGCGCGGGCGCAAGACCACUCGGCGUAGACGGUAGAAGGUCGUGCGGAAGGUUCUCGCGUGUGGACUUCGUCCGGAGUCGGGAGUUGCUGGCUUCUCGUCCUCCGCGAGCGCAUGUGAUCCCGAGACACAGAAUCCUGCCAUUUAGAGUGAACCCAAGGAUCUCUGCUGACUGGCCGCCACAAUCUGAACGUCGGUCCAAGUCCGUUCUGUAGGUGGUGAGUGUAACUCGAUAGUGGGCAGCGUGAUAAGCCGGGUUGACGUCUACCUCCAGACUGUUUGUGCACCAUCGCUCUAGCGGAGCAUGCAGGGAUUCACGAUGAAGCGCAACCUGGAGGCCCUGACUAUCUGGGCAGCGUGCACCUUACUCGCAGCGAGCCUCUUCGGAAAGUUAACAUACUUACACUGGGCGAAGCGCAUACCGUCCAACGUCGAGCCCGCUGUCGCACGCGAAGAACUCACGUCCGCACUGUGGGACGUCGAGCGGGGGCCCGUGCACCUCCAGUUCGACCACUACUACCUGCGCUACGGCCUGGACGCGGAGCAGCAGUGGGCCGCGCUCGUGCCGCACGACGGGCUCGUCUACGUCGGGGACGGACCCAACUCGGAACCGUACAUGCCCUCGAUGUUCCACCAGCUGCGCUGCCUGGACGUCCUCCGCGCGCAGUACCUCCUCCCGCUCGAGGAGCGCGACAUGGAGCGUGCGCAGCACUGCAUAAACUACAUCCGGCAGAUGGUGCUGUGCCGCGGGGACAUGCACCUCGAGACGUUCCUGGCGGAUCGUUGGAGCCCCGAGAAUGUUGAUAGGAGAGGAACGUAUCGGUGUCGCGAUUUCCGCGCGGUGUACGAUGCGGUUGAGAAGAAUCAGCAAGAGCACAGGCAUUGGGUGGUCAACAAGAAUACGACAGCUUAGUAACGAAAUGCGAUUCCUUUCAAUGGCUACUGGAAUGUAUAUCAUACUAUC